CGUCAUCCUCGAACGUUCUCGACAACAACAAUGCUUGGCUUCCAUUUCCUUGUCAAGUGCUGAGGGGAUGCUCUAAACAAUCCAAAAAAAUUCUAGAUUUUGUAUCGCUGUUUGCUUCAAGUUGUGAGACGUCUCGGGAUUCUCGGGACGUUAAGUAUUCCACUGAAAGAAAGUUCGAUAUAGGCUCUGGCUAGAAUCUAACCUAAUACGAGAAAUCUGGAGAAUCCUAUCAAGCAAAAUGGGAUUAAACCAGUCCGUCGAGGAUGCGGGUCAAUCCAGUCCAGAAACCCUAAGCUACAUUCUCGCUGAACGCUUCGCCAAAAAAUGCUUCACCCCGCUAGAACUAACCCAUUUCAGAGACAACUUCUUCUCCCGUGCAACAGACCAAAACGGGCUGAAAUACUGGAACGAAAAGACCCUUUCUGAUUUCCUGGGAAUCCCGGAUAGCAGUGAUACCGAGUGUCCGCUUGAUGCUGGUCCGGUUAUCUUCCGGAUGGUUUCGUAUCUGGGGGCGUUCCCGUUUCAGAAGACGCUGGCUCCGAGCGUGCUGACUUUCGAUGCAAUGGUGAAGGUGGCUGUGCUGUUGACGGAGAGAUAUGGAAGGGUGCUUAGACGGGGGAGGAGAGAUAGAAUUCGGUUGUUGUUUGGGAGCCUCGCGGAUGUUGGGAGGAAGAAUUUGGGUUUGUCUGGCCAAGAUGAAGAAAAUGAGGAUACUGCUGCUAAAGCGCAUUCGUCUGGAUAUGACAUCGACCAGCCAGCUAACGAUGAAGAAGAAGACGAGGACGGUGACGAUCUUGCUUUGGCGGCAUUGGAAUCGCUGGACGCCAUUGAGGUGUUCAAGCACGAUCAGCGCGUGGACAGGACUGUCUAUGAAGCUCAUAUUUCGACUGAGACGUUCCAUCGUUUGUUGAUGCUGCUCCUUGUCAUUGCACCGUUGAAAACACUCGACGAUGUCAGAACAUAUACGGAUGAUCUGGGUGCAGAGCGCAUGGAGACUGUCAGAAACGAAGCAGACAACAUCCUGGGCGCAUUCGUCGAGGAUGAAGCCACUGGAUAUGGCAGCGGUAUCAGCCAUAAGUCGUUUUCGAAGAUGAUAUCCAACUCGCUGCCGCACCUUUUCGACCCGUUGACGCCGUUAUUUGAACACAUGCUCUUUAGCAAGAACUUGAAUCUGUCUCAGAAGCGAGGAAGAACUUAUUCAAUACCAUCAGUGCAUACAGAGGAGCAAGCAAAGUCUGAUACUCGUAUGCCGCCGUCGCCACUAUUGGUCAUGCUUCCUGGCGCGUUUGAAUCCGUGAUUCUAAACCCAAGCCUUAUAUCCCAUCUUUCAUUCUUCUUACCAUCUACCUCUCGUGGACUGAACUUCCUCCAGAGCGGCUCUCAACUACACCCCGUCUUUUCAACAGCAGUUCACGGCUCAUCUCUCACCUCCUUCUCCCACCACGUCCUAACAUGGCAAGCACCCUCACUUAUGAUCCUCCACGGAGUCACAGAACAAAACAAAACAAUAGCCUUAGGCGCCUACCUUCCUUCCCCAUGGACAUCCUCCUCCAACCACUCCUCCUCAUCAAAAACUUCUGACUCACACCCAUCUCUCUUCCAACUAUCCCCCAAGCAUCUUCUCCUCCCCGGGAACCCCUCCCCCUCAGUCCGCCAAAACACAAACACACCAACCGCCUACUUCUCCACAGCGACCGGCCUCGCACUCGGCUGCAAACUUCCGCCCUCCUCCAGAACAAGUACACCACAACCCUACCCCUACGGCGCAGGAAGUCUCCUCAUCGACUCCAGUCUCGAAUCAGCAGACUUUCACGUCUCGUCCGUAGGACACGAUGGCGCGUUCCUCCCGCCAGUAACUACAUCAACCCCGGCAGAGAAAACACACAUUGACAUCUAUAACCUGGAGAUAUGGGGUGUCGUACAGUCGGAAGAUUCGUCGGCAUCAGCGGGACAGGGACAAAGCGCAGUCGAGAUACAGAAGGCGAAGUGGGAGUUUGAGGCGAGGGAGGCGGAGAGGAGGAGGAAUGUGAAUUUGAAUGCUGGGGUUGGGGAUAGUGCAAGGGAGAGCGCGAGAUGGCUGUUGGAGUCGGCUGGGUUGGUGGGGGAGAGUGGGAGGUAUGGGGGGAGUGUUUGAUUACUUAUCUGGACUGAGUUUUUGAUGUGCUAUCUUAUUGUUUUAAAUUGAUCUGGAGAGGCGUUUGAUAUUCAUGAUACUUGGAGACUAUGAUCAGACCUCUACUCGACCUACAAAUACAAGCAGCACUACCAUAAACUCAACCCAGUAGGCGCCCCAUAAUACUCCUUCAACUCCUCUUCCUCACCACCUUCAUUCUCCGUAUCCACAACAUCCUCUGGCUCCACAACCACAUUCUUUCCCCUCGAAGACUUCCUCGCCCCAGCCCCAGAAACAACCGGGGUCCCUGCACUACCACCCUCAUGCACAUGUACAGUCUCAUGCUGACUCCCUUCCCUGGGCAACCGCAUGGCCAAAAACCCAUCCGGUGCACGCUCCG